AUGUAUAGUGGAAUGGAUGCUGUACUUAAAGUUUUAUCAGACUUCUGUAGGACUCGUGAAUGUUUUUGUCAAUGGACAUUUCAUAUAGCAGAAAAUGGAGCAAGAUUUAGAGGAUUAAACCGGAGGCAGCAACAUAAGCAUAGGUACACAGAGAAGUUAGAAAGUAGGGUUUGGGCUAAGGCUCAGACUUCCUGGCCUGGUGAUGACACGAUUUUUGGGAAGAUCAUUCACAAGGAAAUUCCAGCCAGAAUCAUUUAUGUGGAUGACCAGUGUCUCGCUUUCCAUGACAUUUCCCCUCAAGCACCAACACAUUUUCUGGUGAUACCCAAGAAACAUAUAUCCCAGAUUUCUGCAGCAGAAGAUAAUGGUGAAAGUCUUCUUGGACAUUUAAUGAUUGUUGGCAAGAAAUGUGCUGCUGAUCUAGGCCUGAAGAAGGGUUAUCAAAUGGUGGUGAAUGAAGGUUCAGAUUGGGGACAGUCUGUCUACCGUGUUCAUCUCCAUGUUCUUGGAGGUCGGCAGAUGAAUUGGCCUCCUGAUGAUACUACCAAGCUACCAUUAUCAAUUGAAGAACAGAGAAAUAAACAGAAGUAG